AUGGACAAGAAGCCAGAUGCUGUCAUAAUUGUCGCAAGUGGUGUUUCCCAUGCUUCAAAUCACGAAAUUACCGGUCCACGAGAUGAGGUACAACCACAUGAACAUAUUAAUCUGGAUCCUGAACUCGAUACAAUGAAAGAGAAGGCUGUGAUUAAGGAAUAUGAAAUAAAGGAAUGUGACACUGAAAAGCCUGUUGAGAUUACUAAACUUUGUGAAAUUGGCAAAUGUGAAAAGCAAGAUGUACAGAUGUCAAGUGAGAUUGACUUGAAGAAGGAGGGUCCAAAAUCUGAAGGUCAAAAAGUAACUGAUGACUGUAAGCAGUCAAGACAUUCUGGCAAAGCUACUAGAAAAUAUGCUAUUGGAAACUGCAAAAUAAAAUGCACUGUUCUGCAGCCAUUUGCUCUGGCAACCGAAAAGCGUGCGUUAUGUGGAACCCAUACUAAUGAGAUGAGGUUGACAAUAUCACUGCUGCAAAUAAAUCCCCUCAUGUUAAGGGUGCAGCUUGUCUCACUUACGGUAUCGAGAAAGCCAUUGCAACCUGAUAAUAAGAAAUGUCCUGAUGAAGAUAACCGUUCGGUUGCUUCUUCAACUGUGGCAUCAGUAAGAAAGGUCAAAACAAUUCUUGCAUCAGCCCCUGUUUCUAGAUGCAAUGCACGUGCAGAGAGAAGGAAGGAGUUUUAUUCAAAAUUAGAGGAGAAACAUCAAGCCAUUGAGGCUGAGAAAACUCAAUGUGAUGCAAGGACAAAGGAAGAGGUUCAAGCAGCUAUCAAGCAACUAAGAAAAGGUUUGUCGUUUAAGGCAAGUCCAAUGCCCUGCUUCUACCACAAGGGACCGCCACCCAAAGUUGAACUGAAAAAGCCACCUCCAACUCGUGCUAGAUCGCCAAAGUUGGGCAGAAGGAAGAGUUGUAGUGAUGCACGAGAUUUUGAGAAGGGCAUUGGUGCUUAUGGUCAUGGACCCUGUCAAAGUAUUACCAUUUACAGAAACAAUCUCUCUAUUUCAUUAAGAAACAGAAAAAUUGGUAUCGAUGUUCAGAAUGGUGCUACUUCUUGUAAACUCUUGAGUUUUGGCUCAUCAACUUUAAGAAAUGAUGGUUACUUCGGCGUGCAUGAUUCAGUGAAGGACGUAAAGUUACUGGCAUAUGAUCCCUUCCAAUGUGCCUCAAAUUGGUAG